AUGGCAGCUAGUCCCGUGUUUCCAGCAGGUGAGCUCAAUGAUGUCGAAAUUCUGGACCGGAUCAACGAGCGGUUCGCCGAACUGGAGGCGAGCGUCUCGCCCGUUCCAGUCCUCGAAGCCCGUAUCAGCGAGUUAGAUCGCUUGGUCAAGGCUCUCAUCACACAGCGCGGUAGCGAAACUUUUGAGAUCAAUGUCGACGAGCAUUUUCCACACGUGCGUUUGGCAGAAGCUGGCAUCAACAUAUCAGAACAUGAUGAACAUGAUUCCGCGCUGAAGUUUCCCACGAUCAGCGGCAAGGAGUUUGAGUCUGAAGUGUCCAAGUUGUCGAGACGACGUUCGAGCUUCGAUCCUCCAAAGAUGGACACGAUUACCGAAAAGGUCCUCGACACGCAAACCAAAGAGUAUUACAGGUUCGGCGAGUCGACGUGGGAUCUCUUCCUCUUCAUCGGCACGGGUGCUCUAGGUCCCUUGGGCUCUUGUCAAACCUUCGUGCUGGCCGUGGUCAAUGUCAUCAUGCAGAUCGUGUUCGUUGGCAUCGCCUGGUACAACUUCCUGGAACCUGAAGUGGACGAAAGGUCGAUUCUGGAUGCUCUCCGUUGGCGCCGUUCCUCAGGACACGCCCUCAGUGAAUAUGACGCGCAGUCCCAGACUUCCCUCGCAGAGCGAGUCUGCUCGCUUGACAAGUCAUUGCACAUCUCCGGGCUGCAGGUAUCUUUGCUGGAUAACAUUCGCAAGUAUGUGAAGCCUGACGCCGUUGGCUUUGAGGCCGUCUUUACAGGGCAGAUGCUAUGUCUGGUGGCUUUGGUAUGCUGGUACCUGAUGGUUGCCAAGGAGAUCAACCAUGCUUUGGCUCUGCACCGCGGAAUCAUGGCGCUUCCAAGGGGACCUACCAAGAUCAUCAGCAGAGAAAACCCCUUCACUCUCGUUACGCACUACAGGUUUCUGUCAAUUCCGUACCGUCGCAAAGUGAUCAGCAGCUUCCUUUUGGCGUACAGGCUGUUUGCGGCCUGUCUGCUGAUCUACGUCGGGACAUUCUUUCUGGUGUACACAGUGAAUGUUACCGAGCUGAUCCUCAAUGCAGUUGCUUUGGGCAUCAUCCUGGAUAUUGACGACUUGCUGUUCGAUGCGCUCGCUACGACUCCCGGUCGCCACCUG